AUGUCUGCCAUUGUAGAGAAAGCACCCUUACCGGGGCCUCUCACAGCAUUGUCACCACCAGCUGACACAUUCUACCUUGACCAGUUCAAGAACGGCAUCUCAGUGGGCAUACAGCCGGUCACUAAAAACCGACUUGUUUUUGGCCGAGCACCAGACUGUGAUAUCCAGUUGGAACAUCCCUCCAUUUCCCGAUAUCAUGCAGCAGUGUUGUGGUCUCCUAAAAACGACGAUGCCUAUCAAAAGGGCGAGGAUACUACAUCAUUCUGGUACCUUGUCGAUUGCGGCUCAACACAUGGCACUGUGUGUAAUAAAGUGAAAGUGGACACUGGAAAGAUGAUCAAACUCAGUCCCAACAAUAAUGUCAUCAAGUUCGGUGCUUCGACGCGCUUCUUCAUCUUAGGCUCUAAAGAAGAGGAGGAAAAUGACGACGACGAUGACGAGCCAAACUCAGUGGGUAUUCCCCAUGAUGCAGACAAAGACAGUGCUGUCGAUGAGGGCUGCACUUGGGGAAUGCAAUUUGCAGAAUGUGAUGGCGAAGAAGAAGAGACCGGAGAUAGUAUGGCCUUAAAGUCAAUCAUUUCGGCAAUGAAAGGCGGUGAAAAAAUAGAGUCUGCCAAUCAAAACGCUUACUCUGAAAAUCCAUACAGAUGCAUACAGCAGUGGUUUGAACGGGAAGGACACCACUUUGAUUUCAAAGUGGAAACGAUCAACACCAAGUUCAAGUGUAACUUUGAGUUGCCCAUCGAUGGUCAGUGGGUUUCCAUCGAAGGGGAACUUGCAAACAGGAAAAAGGACGCUAUUAACAAUGCCUGCUCAAAGUGCUGCAGUAUUUUGGAUCAUGCUCAGCUGUUGUUUCCCUGGCAAAAGCAAAAUGCCAAAAGCUCAAGGAAAUCUGAUUUAUAUGACAAUGAGGAUGGGUUUGACUUAAUCGAUGAAACAGUUGGCAGUAGUAAAAAGAAGCAAAAGAAGAGCCAUGAAACUGAAACAAUUGACAAUUAUGAGACUCUGAAUGCAAAGUGGAAAACGAAAAAUGAAGAACUCUGUAAAUUGAAAGUCAGGCUGGCCACCAUUGGACUUGAGCCUGGAACUAAACCCGAAGUAUCGACUGAUAUAACUGAUUCACUCGAUGCCUACUUGGCGGAAAUGAACAAGAAAAAGUUUGGUUUGAGUCUCAAUGAAAAAAUUGAAAAAUCUAACUUGCGGAUACAAAUUAAGCAGCUCGAAAUGGAACAAAGUAACCUUGAAAAAUUAAUUAAAAUCGCAAAACCACCUGAAGUUAAAAUUCCAACUGCUCGAAAACCAGAACCCCCAGCAAAAGUGGAGCCCAGCAGUCCAAAAGCAGUUACUACUCUCAGUGAAAGUGUUGACGCUCCAAGUAACACCUCAGACAUCAAAUCAGAAAGCAACCUGUCUCCAGUAGUUGCUGUUGAGCAAUCAGCACCAGCAGUGGAAGCCACCAGUGAAGUCAACACUGAUAAGAAUGAUAAGGUUGAUGAGCCGUCUUUGUUAUCACAUCACGCGACAGGUCAGAUGAAACCACCCACUGAGAGGGUGAAAGUUUCUGCAAAGCAAGUUCGAAAACAACGACAAGAGAGCAUUGUCGAAGCUAUUGAGAAGGAGAAGAAGCUGGAAAAGGAGAGAGUAUUUGUUUCGCCCGAAAGCGAGAGCGACUUUAUCGGGUGGCUGCCACCAAAGAACCAAUCAGGUGAUGGCAAGACGCACCUCAACGACAAGUACGGCUAUUAG